GUUGCGUGUGUACUACCUCCUAAACCUUCGCGAUUAAGCAAAAACCACCAGGCACACACACGGCGAAAAUCCUCACUCCCUCCCUCUCGCAUCGGCGGUUCAAUCUCAGAGUUCACCGGAAUCCGCCAAUCACAAGCUCGCAGUGAAACCUCAUCACAUCGUUGUUAUUCAGGAAUAGUGCAUUGGUGAUUUCGAUAUAUUUUAUCUGUUUGUGAAGAUGUUUUCUCGGAUUUUUGGCAAGCAGAAGCAGGAUUCUAAUGCUCUGGAUACUCUAGAUAAAUUAAACGAGACCCUGGACAUGCUUGAGAAGAAGGAAAAGGUGCUUCAAAAGAAGGCUAGUGCGGAAGUUGAAAAGGCCAAAGAAUUUACAAAAGUAAAGAACAAGAGAGCUGCUAUCCAAUGUUUGAAAAGGAAGAAGCUUUAUGAGCAUCAAAUUGAGCAGCUUGGCAAUUUUCAGUUGCGCAUCCAUGAUCAGAUGAUAAUGCUAGAAGGAGCGAAAGCUACAUCGGAAACUAUAGAAGCCCUGAGAACUGGGGCAGCAGUAAUGAAAGCUAUGCAAAAAGCAACGAAUAUUGAUGAUGUGGACAAAACAAUCGAUGAAAUAAAUGAGCAGACAGAGAACAUUAGACAAAUUCAAGAAGCAUUAUCUACUCCAAUUGGCUCAGUGGCCGACUUUGAUGAGGAUGAACUGGAGGCGGAACUUGAAGAACUGGAAGGGGCUGAAUUGGAAGAAGAGCUUCUUCAACCAGCUACCACUGCCCCAUCUGCAACUGUGUCUGUCCCAUCAGGCAAACAAGCAGCACCCCCUGUUGCUCAAAAGAAUACGGAUGAGGAAGAUGAACUUGAAGCAUUACAAAGGGAAAUGGCUCUUUGAGCCAAGCCUGCUUUGCUUGUUAUGAACAGAUUGCGAAGUCCCUCAGGAUCACAGAAUGGAAAACCCUCUCGUUUGUCCAGGCUGGUACGAUUAUGUAUUAUAUAUCCAUACCGUGAUUUUGUGACAUGAAACUUGCCAUUAAUUCAAGACUUGAAUUGGUUUAGAUUUGCUUCCGAUUCUUGUGGACUCCCCCCACCCAAAAUGAGAAAACAAAUCAGUAAUUAGGGAAUAUAGUUGAGUUCUGUUA